AUGCCAGCAGAACAUUUGCAAGCGAAAGAAGCACUCAAGCCCAAGUUGGAAAUCGAAUUGUACGAUGAUAUUGACGAUUACAACGAGGAAGAGGAAGACGAUUACGAUGAUUAUCUCGACGAUGAGCUGAACGACACCGACAUGUGGGAUAGUGUGACGGGAGAUUUCACAAAGCAAUACAACCGAUUAAGGCAACAGGUAUCUCACAAUACUGUCACACCCUCCUCGGCACCUGCUUCGUCAAAGCCAGUACCGGCAUCGAAUCAGAAACCGGCACCUGCGGCGAAUCCGAAAGCUAAAGAAACCGCCACAGUGGCGGCGAAAAAACAAUUGCUGGAAAGUCAAAUUGAAAGUUUGGGACGAUAUGCCAGUCGCAUUCAGGUGCGCGCUUAUGAACCACCACCACGAAUUUCGGCUUCGGUUGCCAGUGAUAUCAAAUUAAGUAGCAAGAAGGCGAGCGGUGAGAAAAACACACAAAAGGAUAAAGCCGAUCGUGCGACGGUCGAACAAGUGCUGGAUCCUCGUACCCGUAUCAUUCUGUUCAAAAUGUUAAAUCGAGGCAUCUUUUAUGAGAUCAACGGUUGUAUCAGUACCGGUAAAGAGGCCAACGUGUACCAUGCAGUUACAGAAGACGGCAAGCACCGUGCCAUUAAAGUAUACAAGACGUCGAUUUUAACGUUCAAGGACCGUGAUCGCUAUGUCAGUGGUGAAUAUCGUUUCCGACAUGGUUACAGCAAAUCGAAUCCUCGUAAGAUGGUCAAGGUCUGGGCCGAAAAAGAAAUGCGUAAUUUGCGACGACUGCAGCAAGCCGGUAUUCCGUCGCCCGAAGCAUUGGUGCUCCGUAUGCACGUGCUCGUCAUGGAAUUCUUGGGUGACAAGAACGGCUGGGCCUACCCAAGAUUGAAGGAUGCGCAAAUCGAAGCUUCCAAAUUUCCUGCUCUCUACUAUCAAUUAAUCAAGAACGUCCGUACCAUGUAUCAGGUCUGCAAGCUGGUUCAUGCGGAUUUGAGUGAAUACAAUUUGCUAUAUCAUUCGAGAACUCUGUAUAUCAUCGAUGUUUCACAAUCCGUUGAGCACGAUCAUCCUCACGCUUCUGAAUUUUUGCGCAAGGAUCUGUCCAAUGUUACCGACUAUUUUGCCAAGAAAGGCGUUCGAGUAAUGUCCCUGAUGGACCUCUUUUCUUUCGUCACCGAUUCAUCAUUCAGUAAUGAGGAGGCUGCCGUUGAUGAUGCUUUGGAAAAGAUCAAAGCUCGCAUGGACGCCGAGCCGGAAAAGGAGCGUAAUCUUCUGGAAGAAGAGAUUUUCAUGAAGUCGUACAUACCAACCACAUUAGACGAGGUGAUUGAUGCAGAGAGAGAUACCCUGCUUAUUGCUGAAGGCGGUGGGCAAAACCUUGUAUAUGCGAAUCUGCUUGGAAGUGAUGCAUUGAACGAAGUAACAGCAUCUAUCAAGAGCAUGGAUAUUAAAAACCACGCACCCAAAAUCGCAAAUGUCCAGGAUGAAGAUACAUCCGACGUAGAUGAAGAAAACGACGACGACGAGGAUGACGAAGACAGCGAUGAGGAAGGCAGUGAUGAGGAAGGCAGUGAUGAUAGUGACGAUGAAGGGGAUCGCAAAGCCAAAAAGCCCAAAGGAAAGAAGAAUGAAGAUAAAGAUGCGAAGAAGGAACGCAAACAGAAAGCAAAGGAAGAAGCACGCGAACGACGUAAACACAAGCUUCCAAAGGCUGAAAAGAAGAGAAAGAUCAAAGUCAGUCGCAAAAAGAAAUAA